UGUGUGUGUGUGUGUGUGUAGCGAGAGAGAGAGAGAGAGAAGAGAGAGAGACAACAAGUACGGCAGAGUUUUAAAAACUCGUCAAAGCGCUAAGCGAUACGAUAUUUUUUUUCAAGUGUACGUCUAGGAAUUUUUUUUGUGUGCCCGUGAGUCUGUGAGAGCAACAGCAACAACUGUGAUGGGAGAUCGGCCAAAAGCGACUACAACAACAACUACAACCAAUACUACAACAACAACAACUAGCGCAGCAGCCGCCGCAAUGGCAGCUACCGCUCCGGAAGACCCAGCCCAAGCCAACGGGACUGGCCAGGGCAACGGCAAUGGCAACGGGAAUGGCAAUGGGAAUGGCAAUGGCAACGGGAAUGGCAAUGGGAAUGGCAACGGCACUGGAGGCAACGAUCCGGCCCAGGAGCCCGGCCAGGCCCAGGUGUCGACGGUCAAGCUGCCAACGGCCAGCCAUGCGGAUGGGGAUGCGAUUGGGGAUGCGGAUGGCGGAGCAGCAGCUGGUCCCAGUGCAGCUGCUGGCGAGGCUGUCGACGAUGCGGCCACGGAUGCGGGCGCCAGCUCAUUGCCGCCGUCGGAAAUUGGCGGCCGUCCGCCGCUGGACACCGCCUGCUCGGAUGGCGGCGGCGCCUCUAGCCUGGCCGGCGGCAUCGUUGGGCCGCCCAGCCCGCUAACCGGCUGCUACUUGCUGAUUGUGAUGGGCGAGCCGCACUCCGAGGAGCACAAGGACAACAUCUUGCAGCAUCUGCUGAAGGGUAAGUGCCCACACUCCAUUCCAAUCACCUCACCCAUGCCAUCGACCCGCUGGCUCAUCAGCAUAAAUUAUUCGCAUUGCUCGCAUAGAAA